GCUGUAGUUUGCGCGUGCGUAGAAUCACUCACAACAUGCGCCCAACUCAGAAUAUGUACGCUAGGGCAGAACACCUAAAACAACCUUUGUCUUAUUUCAACGACUAGCCCUUGGCUAGCUUUCAUGGUUAAUGUCAAGAUUAGGCCUACUAGAAAUGCUGCUAACUAAUAUUUGAAAAAGUAUUUAUCUAAGACAACACCAAUGGCUUCAACACUCCACAUUCCAUUCCGAUGUCCUAAUUGUGGAGAUAAUAGUAGACAGUUCGAAACAUUGCAUGACCUGCGGAGCCAUUUAGAAAAGGAACAUUCCUAUACAUCUUCUCGAUAUAGACACCAACCUGUAACAUCAUCACCAGCAGUAGGCCUACGAUCUAGAACAGGUAGACAUUCUCCUCUGACUGAGAUGUUCCACAGUGAUGCCCAAAGACUGGAGGAAUCUCUGAGGAAGAGAAAAGAAGAGGAGCUGAAUAACAAACGAAGACGAAGUGAAAUGUCAAAUUUGCGUUUAAGUAAAGAUAGCUCUGGUAACGCAGGAUUUCAAGAAAAGAUUCAAAAUAUACCACAGCAUUAUUCAUUUAGGGAUUAUGGUCAUUCCAGCAGAUUACAAAAAUACUACACACCAUCUAAAUAUCUCAGGGACAGACAAAAUAUAGAAGGGAUGCAGACAAAUAAGGCAUUUACUGACGAACCUUAUAUGAGGGAUAAAACAAAGGAUGAACCAAUCUCAGAUAUGAAUAGUUUGUUUACCGACAUACAAAAUAAAGAAGGAAUCAAUAGAUCUUCUCAUUUUGCCGAAACUAAUUUAUCUUCACAAAUGUCACCUUCUAUAACGGCUACACCUAAUCCAAGUGAAAAGCAUAUCAAAGACACUCUAUCUGCAUUAUCUCAUGAAGUUUUGUUGGAACGGGCAAGUCAGUUUGCCACUGCAGAUUCUUUAUACACUGCCCAGGAGCUUUUAUCCAGUGUUGAACAAGCCGCAGAAAUAAAAAUAGCACAACAGAAAAAAGUGAUUGAGAUACUGGCUGAGAAGCUGAAAGAAAAAGAAAAUAGGUUGGCAGGGGUGAUGGGUCAGAUAGAACUUUUAUCCCAUCAUCAGAUGGACAGCUUUGAAAAGGUCAGUAUCUUGAAACGUCAGUCUGACCUAAAGGCCCAACUAUUGCAGAAAGAACUUGAUCAAAAGCAGAAAGACUUUGAUACUCUCAAUCAAAAGCUUUUUGAAAUUCAACAAUCUUUAGUUAAAGGUGACUCUUCAAUUCAAAAAUCAGGAAAGAUUGAAAAUAGCAGCAUUUUAAAUGUCAACCUCAGCACAGACUCUCCAGAAUCAUCUGCCUCCAUGGACCUUGACCCUGACCUUGAAAAACCUACAAGCCCCACUGAGAAAAUGUCUUUGGGCAGAAGUGCAAGUAAAACCAAAGAAAUAAAAAGAGUACAAAAUAAAGCUCACCAGUUGGAACGGGACAGACAGAAUUUAUUGAUAGAGAUGCAGAACUUGCUGCAGUCUGCUGCCACAGAUAAUGAGAAACUACAGUCUGAGUUAGCUAGUCAAUCUCAAGAACUAUCUCAAUUAAGUUAUGAUCUUGAACAGUCUAAACAUGAACAAGCUGCAUUGCUAGGUGAAACGCAUGCUUUGUAUCGCCAAGCUGAUGUCAGUCUUGCGCAGUUAAAAAUUAUGUUGAAAGACAGAGAAGGAGAGUUGAAGAAUGUUUCUAAAUCUCUAGAGCAGGCCAAGGCGGCACAGUCCAAGUUGGCCAGAGAGAGAGAUGAGUAUGUGAGGCUUUGUCAAGAAAGAGAAACCAAGUAUAAAGAAAUGAUGUCUUCUAAUAGCCAACAGAUCCAGUCCAUGAAGAAAACUCUGGAUUUAAGUUUACAAGACAAAAAGCAGCUUGAAGAAAAGCUAAAGGAUUUAAAGCGGGAACUAGAUGCUAAAAAUGGGAAAGAUGCAAUUUUGUCUGAUAAUGUUGCUCAUUUGAAGUCAGCAUUAGAGGAAAAAAUGAAAAGUCAAGCCAAAUUGAAAGAAGAACUUCAUAAACGGGAAGAAAAACUUAAAAAGGCAAAGCGUGAGAUGGAGAGAAUGACCAGGUUCCUUGAAGACACGGCUGAGAAAGAGUUGGAAGCCCGGUCAAAGCUGGAGGACUUUAUCUCUGGAUUGAUAGACAGAGCUGGGAGGGCAGAAACUGAGCUUCAGAAAUUAAAAGAAGAGUCCUACAGACUUCAUCAGAAGUCUAAACAUUCCUCUAAAAAACACAGAAGAGAUUCCAAUCAAUUGGAUCUAAGUGCUCUCCCUGGUGCUAGCUCUUUAGUUGCCCAAACAAGUUUAGAAGAUGAUACAGAGAGUCUGUCAAGCUCCAACAUACCAUCUACAUAUCAGUAUGAUCAAAAACACUACCACAGUACACCUAAAGCCCCAACAACGCAGCAGUUGGCACCUAUACCUCUUCCCAGGAAGCUCUCUCCUAGGAACUUUGGAGUGCCUCAUGUGACUUACAAAAGUAUGAACAUUUCUGAAGUAGAUAGUGAUGUGCACCACAUUUCUGGUGAUGGUAAUAGUAAACCACAUUUGCCUGAUAGCUUGUCAAGCCUUGUCAGUGAAGAAGCUAUAUCUAAACAUGAAACAUCUGCUCCAUCGCAUGGCAUCUUGCUACAAAACACCACAGACAGGCAACAGAAUGAAGAAGAGAAACAUUUAAUCUCUUCUUCAGCGAAACUCACAGAGCCACCAAAAUCUGAAGUUUCUGAUCUGCCUGUGUGUCCAGCUUGCUCACAAACAAUGCAUGCUUCACAAAGGCCGGCUUGCCCUGAGAACUUAACAGAUUCUUCUCUUCUCUUUUGUCCGUCACAUCAUUCACCUUCACUAAAUGUUUCACAGUCUCUUACUUCUGUCUCGCCUGAAUCAAAAUCACUGCAUGUUGUGCCGCACUCUGUAUGUAUAGUCACUAAUAGCAUGGCACAGUCAGCCUCACUAGCACCACUUCAGUCACAACCUUUUGCUGGAUACACCAAAAUGAGUUCACCAGUCAUGUACCCUGUACUGCUUACCAAUGUACGCACCGCUGAUCCAGUCAAUCAGACGAGUUUAUUGCCCAACCACAAAGUCAUCACUGACACUGAAGUAGCAGACAAGUCACUAUUUGCACCCAGCACAAUACCAGAAUUUGCACCCAUGUACUAUAACAGCACACCUUGGUUUUAUAACUUCACUUCAGCUAAUCCUUAUAACCUAUACACUGAUUGGUCAAAGCAGCUUGCACGAUCACUGCCUGAACGUUUGCUCAAAGAGGAGGAGUCUGAUAACAGUUUGUACUUGUCCUAUUUAAAUUCAAAAGAGAUUUCACUGUUUAAAAACACACCUCAAGUAGAGCGAAUGUUUGCCAAUGUAUUUAAUGACUCUCAUAACUUACAUGGUUUUGAAACUCCUCCUUUGACAGAAGAAAGUUGCAGAACUCCUAAAGAAAGGCAACAACCUAAACACAUUUUUUCAGACGCUAAGUUCAGCCAGAGGUUGCCUAUGGAUGAGAACGGCAUCAUGUGGGAGUCCAGUCAUGACAGUAGGACACAUCACAACCAAGACAGACUUAAAAGCAACGAUGAUACUGACAUAGAUGAAGACAUAUCUGAUUUUAUUUACGAUGCUGAACCAACCCAUAAAUCAGAUUCAUCACAAUAUUUUAAUGUAAAGAAAUCUCCUAACAAGCAAUCAAAAUAUUCUCCACAAUUCGAGGAAAUGCCAUCUGUAGGAAAAAAGAUGGCUAAAGUUUUGAACGCAGACAAUGCCAAGACAUACAAAUCAUCAGCCAGAGAUGAUUAUAACAAACAUGUCUCUUCCAAUUAUCUCCCAAGGUCAUUCAACGGUUAUAGUUCAGAAGAAUCAAUGGAAGAAAGCCCUUUGCAAAAAGCUAGAAUGGUACAGAAACGUCUGGAAUAUUUCACCAACAGUAAACCAAGAGAUUUUCUAGUCUCGAAACAGUCAGAAGGUUUUGAUGUCAGUCACAUGGACUCAGAUCUUUCCACCAGCAGCUACCAAUCUCUUUAUAAACCUAAUAACCAUGUCAGCUCAACUGUACAGAAAACUGUAGCUGAAAAUACCAUAAAACAUGAAGAACUGCAAAGUCUGCCUACAAAGACAGAGAUAAAUCACCCUGAGGCUGUUACAGUACAACAGAAAUACCCUGACCUAUACCCUGAUAAUGUGGAAAAAGAUUAUGUUAAUGAGGCCAUGGAGAAAGAAACUGUUGCUAGUAAACCAAGUUUAUUUGCCGUUCAAGAAAUUUCAGACAAUAAAAGUAAUUUACAAGCUUUAGCAUCACAUAAACAACAGUCUAUUCAGAAUCAAACUCCUGAAGUGAAUCAACAUUCAACUGUUCAGUAUCAGCCUGCCGCGCAGCACUUCAAUUCCAUUCAGUAUCAAGUACCUGACCAGCAUCACCUCCUUGAACCUCACUCACCACCUCAACUAGUUGACCAGAUUAAGGAUCAUCCACUAACAAGUCAAGGUGGUGAUCACAUGCAUAGUUCAGAAGAGUUAGGCCCACCUCAGCAUCUUCCAAAAUCUACACUUCUUGAAGCUUUAGAACCAACACCAAUGCCAGUGAAGGAAGAGCUGCCUCAUCCCACAGAAGUCUUGCAAGGACAAAACAAUCCACACCCAAACAGUGCUGUAAAUGUUUCAAAUGCUGAGAAUGAUUAUGAGGAUGUAUCAGAAACUUCAUCGGAUGAAGAUUAUACACAGGCAGAUUUAGGACCUACCAGUAUCUCAGCACGCAAAGAAAGCAUAGAUGCCUCGACGGAUACUGAUUUAGAGAAGCUAGCCAGACCUGGUUAUGUGCAGAAAGUUCUUGUUGUUAGGAAAAAUAUUCCAACUGUAAAACAUAUUCGUAAAAACAAAAGACGAAAGCCACUUAUGAAGAGAAUGCAGUCUGGAGACUCAUCAGAAGCUGAUGAUCUUGAUGAUACGCAGAGAGAAAGGCGCCAUUUCAUCCGAAGAAUGCGAGUUGCACUUUUCAAAAUUUUCUCAUUCUUAGACACAGCAACACUUGUGAAAAUGUCUUGCGUCUGCAGAGAGUGGUGUAAAGUAAGCAGACAUCCUGCUUUGUGGAAAGUUGUUAAAUUAGAAAAUAAAGCCAUCUCAUCAUCAUUUCUCAUCAUGUUGUCACAAUGGUGUACACAGACUGAGUCACUCACUUUGAAAGGGCUCACUGGGCGACCAAUUAAUGGAACAGAGUUUGCAGAAGAAUAUUCAAACUCAAUUAGAGGUAGCUUAGAAGCUGGUUUGGAAAGAUUCUUGUCCUCCUGUCAGAAUACCAUCACACAAGUUUGUAUAGAUCAGUGUGAUAACAUUCUUACAGACAAAUGUCUCUGGCUAGUAAGUGGCUACUGCCGUCUACUGACCAAAUUGACCUAUCAAAGUUCUGUCGACUGUGUCACACCUCAGCUGAUGUGGGCUCUUGGUGGUGGUUGCCCCGGAGUGACGUCAUUGUUUAUUCAACCCAAGCCUCCAUUUAAAGCCAAUGGAAUGAACAACAGAUGCUUGCUUUUGAUUGGUCAGUUCUACAAAGACAUUCAAGAAAUUGGUCUUGGAGGGAAAGAGUUUGAUACAGCUGGAUUAGUUGCCCUUGUCAAAUCUUGUCAAAGACUUCAAGUUGUUCAUCUGGAAUACUGUAUGCCUGUGACCUCUGACCUGGCCACCAGUCUUUGUAAGGUUGGCUUAAAAAAUGUCCAGACUCUUUCCAUCUUGGGAACUACGGUGGAGGCUAAGGCUUUACAAACUUUUCAAGGGAAUUCUAGGCAGCUAAAAAAGAUUCUGGUCCAAAUGAAACUAGAAGAUUGUGUGGGUGAUCCAAACAAGAAAAAAGAUAAAGAAACAUAUAAAAAGAUGGUGAAAGCCUUAGAGGGACUGAAAACAAAAGCUGGCAUUGGUAACAUUCUGACACUGGAAGCUGGUCCUGCAGAGUAAAAAUGUGUACAAUGGAUGCAUAAAACACAGCUAAAUAUUUGAUCUAUAAAUCUUUAUGUGAAUGGCUGUGUAAGUGUUUAUAAAACUUCUUGACUGCAAUGUAUUUGAAUUUCACACAAAAUUUCUAAUAUAAAAAAAAUUUAUCUUCACCUUUAAGGAUCUCAAUUCAUUUACAAGACAUACUUUGUUUGAUAUAUUAUAUUCAUUUGUCAAAUUUUUAUGAAUUAUGUGCCCAAUCUAAAAUUAUAAUUUUUUUUAGCACUGUAUAAUUUGUUUGUUUUUUUUGCUAUUAAAUUUGGUUUCUCCACAAUGUAGACAUCUUGAAAAAAUUUGUAAUCAAUGUUUAAUUAUUUUGUUUUAUUACUUCAAUUUGUGCAAUAUUUAUUCAAACCACUUUUCUUACAAUAAUUCAGAAGUAUAUUUUGUGUUGGGUAAAAUAUUUAUUUAUGGCCAUUAAUACUAUUGUUAUUAGUUAUCAAUGUAAUCUUUUCCCCGUGCAAUACAUCUAGUCUAAGUAUUUUUGUCUUUGACAGUAUUUAUAGAAUCAAGUUUUGUUUUUUACUUUUGAUAUUUUAUUGUUCAGUCUUACAAGAAAUUAUUUCAAAACAGUCAUGUUAUUUUUUAAAUGGUAGUAAUGGCAGAAUCAGUGGUGCAUAACUUUCUUAUAUUUCUGGUGCUGAACUCUUUUACUGCUCACUCAAUACUUCUCUUACAAGUAGUACUUUGUUAUUUCCACUUUGUUCUUGAUAAGAAUAGGGAAUUCUGGUGAGAAAAUAAGAGUAAAUGAAAGUGACUGUAAAUAGAAAUAAAGUUUGCAAACUGUUCUCCUUACCUCCAUCAGCUCAUUUUUUUUUUCAAGCCUAUUUGUGUCCUCAGAAUAAAUUUAUUCAAGAUAUUGAAACUUCGAUAAUUCCAAGUUUUCUUUGAAACUAGGAGAAUGCUAAAUGUCAAACACCAUAAAAUUGACUCUAAAAGUAAAAAGAUUAUUUUGUUUCAAGUAAGUGUAACUGUAGGGAAGAAAGUAAAUAGGUAACGCUUACUUUUAUAUUUCAUAAUGUCAGUAUCAUUAUCAUUUCACAGAAAAUGUAUUUGGUUGGAAUUCAAAGAAUAUAGGAAUGACAUGGAUUCCUGACAAUUGAAAAAGUUAUAUUAUUUAGCCUAUAUUUACUUUUUUAAAGGCCUUUAUAUAGUAUUGUGAAUGACUAACUAAGCUUCUUCAACAUUAAGAGCAAAAAAAAUAGCACAUUCCAUAAAAACAAACUUUCCAUAACAUGCAUUUUUUUUCUCUUUUAUAAAAAUUAAUUAUACCAGCAUAAAAAUAGAAAACAUAUUGAUAGGUCUUAAGGAUUCAACAAACUGUCCAUGCUCUUGUGAUACCUGCAUUCUCACUUGCAGUCCACUAUUAGGGUCCAAUAUAAAUAAAAUUAUAUUUCAGUGAAAUAAUUCUCUAAAAAAUAAAAUCCACACAAGGGGAGAAGACCCAAUCACGGAUGAAAAUCUUUCCUUCUUUAAAUGGCCCACAAAAAAUCCCAACACUUUGCAAAAGGUUAUAGCUCACACCCUGUUUAUAACUACAUUGGUUAUCAUACACACACAGAAUCAUGUCUUUAGUGUGACUUCGGCUUGAAAAAAAGGGAAUGGGGGGGGGG